AUGGGUCAUCCCAUUGGAAGGGGGCACUUGCUCCACCGUUUCCUGCUUGUUCUGUUGGUGCUGAAUGCCUAUAUAAUAUCAUCCGUCUGCGCUGCCCCUCGCCAUCGCCCUGGAUCCAAGCUCUCCUCAGCCCCCCAAAUCUACAGCAGAGACGACAGCGCCUUCGACUCUAAUGACUGGGACACCCUCCACAAUGCCUACGAAGCCUACGUCGACACCUUCUUUGCACCCCAAGGCUUCCCCCACGACGUGCCCGAGGGCGAGAAAAUCGACCGAACCACCUACGAAUACGCCGAAGAAGACAGCUGCGAGAUGAGCAAGCUUGUCCUGGGCGACAAGAUCGGCACAGGAGCCAACGCCCAAGUCUUCCGCGCCACGCUAUCCGUCCCCCACCAUCAAGACCAAACCGUGGCGGCCAAGCGAGCCGCCGACGGAGAUUUGAUGGUCAAUGGCGCCAUCCUCCAGAAUGGGACCCGGAGUGACAAUGUCAUGAAGGUAUUGGGUUACUUCCGGUACGGAGAGGAGGCGGCGAUUAUCUUCAUGCCCGUGGUCGGCGGCGGCGAUUUGAAGGGCAAAAUUGCCCAGUAUCAGCGGGAUGGCCAGAAAGCUGUCAAUCGGGCGUUUAAGCAGGUCAUGGAGGGUGUGCGGGCGGUUCAUAAGGCCAAUGUUAUCCAUGGUGAUCUCAAGCCUGCCAAUGUUCUCUUGGAGGGCAGUACGCUGAAGUUGACGGACUUCGAUAACGCGAGGAAGACCGGCAAUUCUCUUGUGUGGAAUUUUGGCACUGAUGGCUACAUGGCUCCUGGAGAUGCCAACGACAAGCGGUUGUCGCUGUGGAAAGCUUUGAUCACCAGUGGGGUUGACAGCGAGUGGGUCAAAGCCGACAAAGUGGAAGAGCUCCUAAAGAAGAAUUUCUCGGAUUUGAACGACGACAUGCGGACGCUGCUGGGGACGGUUCUUUGCGAGCCGGAGUCUCUUUUUUCGCUGCGGUGA